CGACCGAAAUGUUGGCUGCCCUAGUUCUUCAAUGGCCAAUGGAAAAGCAGGAAAUGCUGUCCGGCUCUGAAAUCUGAAACAUUUUUGACACGACACGCUAGAAGAAGAGUGUCCACAUAUUUUGUUAGCAACAAAUUAUUCUAUUUAUUAAAUAACUAUUAAUUACCAUCAUUAAUACUCAACUCUGUUUUCGUGAGUUAAAAAAACUUCUAUUUGAAUAUAUUUUCUCAGUCGUACAAGUGUCCAACAGGUUGUUGUGAAAGCCCUAACCUCAAAAUAGUUGCUUUAUGUAAUAAAAUUAUAUUUUCUUCAUGGCUGGAAAAAGGAGAGCUACUUCAGAACUAAAUCGAGAUAAUUGGGAUAAGGAUGAACCUGCAGAAGAGAGUGGUGUAUAUACCAAAGCCUCUGAGGAACUCUUAAAAAAAAGAGUGUUUAAAACAGCUAAACGUAGAAUCACUAAACCCCCUGAGGAAGGAUCAAUGAGUGCCUUCAAUCCAGCUAGUUUGGCUAAUCUCACAUCGAAAUCACAUCAACCGGCUAAUCAGUUGUUUAGUUUCUUGUCAGAUAUGAAACCUGAUGCUUCAAAAACUAAUGGAAUGAGUACUAAGCCUAAUGAUCAAGGAGAUGGAAAGUCUGAGUCAUUUUCAUUAUUCACUUUUGGGAAUGCAAUGGGGAAGACAGAAAAUAGUUCACCUUUUGGAAAUACUGCUAAGAAAAAUGAAGAGAAGAGUAGUCCAAUGUUUAGUUUUGGAGGUACUAAUUCUAAGGUUGAUGAUAAAGUGACUACUUCAGUACCAUCAUUCAGAUUUGGUGAUAUUGGAGAUCCAUUAUUCAACCAAGGGAAUAAAAAAGAUGAGACCACUAUCCAGAAUGAGAAGACUUCAGAAAAUAUUGAUCACUAUUAUGCAAAACUAAAAGGUCUAAAUGAGAGUGUUGCAAAAUGGAUCAGUAAGCAUGUUGAAGACAAUCCUUUGAUCAAUUUACAACCUAUAUUCAAAGAUUAUGAGAAAUUUUUCGAUGAAAUUGAAAAAGAAUACCAUAAAUCUGAUAAUGUUGGGAGUGAUGGAAAAAAUGAAUCUAAGAUAUGUGCUACAAUCAUAAAACAACCUGAAACAGAGGUAACUACAACUCCAUCCGAUUCUUUCAAGUUUAGUUCAUCUUCCAUUGAAAAAAAUGUCUCUUCUAAUAAAAUUGAUUUACCAGCAACUUCCAUAUUUAAGUUUGGUAAUACUGUUGCGUCAAGUGAUAAAAAUCCUAGUGAGAAGGUAGAGUCAUCUACUCCAUCGACCCUAUUCAAAUUUGGUGCUACAAAUACCUCAUUCAAUGUUUCUACCAGUAAAACUGAGCAAUCGUCCUUUAAAUUUGACACAUCUACUGUAAGUGACGUUCCUAACACAAUAACACAGCCUAAAUACAGUUUCGGAGGCAGUGGUUCAGGAUUUUCCAGUUUACAGGGUUUCACUUCGAAUCCUAUUUUGAGUACUCCUAGUACAAUCAACUUUGGUAGUAUUCCUAGUAGUACUUCCAAUAAUGAAGAAAAUAAAGACGAAGAAGAAUCCGAGGAACCCCCAAAGGUUGAGGUCAAAGAAGUUGAGGAAGAAGGGCAAAUUUACACGAUACGCUGUAAGUUGUUCGUGAAGAAAGAUGGCACCUUUGUAGAAAAAGGAGUCGGAAAUCUCUUUUUGAAGCCUGUUCCAGAAUCAGACAAAAUUCAGGUUAUAGUUAGAGCGCACAACUCACUAGCGAAUGUCCUAUGUAAUUUCAUAUUAUCGAAAAGCAUACCUACUCAGAGAAUGGGUAAAAAUAACGUCAUGAUUGUAUGUAUACCAACGCCUGAAUCCAAACCUCCUCCAAUUCCUGUUUUAAUCAAGGUGAAAACUGGUGAAGACGCAGAUCAAUUGCUAGAAACUCUGGAGAAACAUAAAAAAUAAACAUUGCUACAAUUCAUGAGAUGACGAAAACUUGUUAAUUUAUGUAACUGUUGAUAACUGUGUAUACUGCUUUUUGGUGGUUAAUCAUAGAAUAGUAUGAUUGAUAUCCUUUUUGUAAUAGGGUACUCUAACAAACUGUCAAAAUUGUUGGUUACCAUAGGGCAGGCAAAUGGUUUCCUAGAAACAGCGUGUGUGAAGGUUUGCCGAGCAACCAAUGGCAACUAAGAAUUUUGACAAUUCAUUGGAGUGCCGUAUAUCACCAAGGGGUAACCCUUAUAACCUAAGACAUUUUUAUUGAAUAAUAAAAAAUACCAGAUGAAUGACAUCUUAUGUUCAAUGGAGAAACUUAAAGUGGAAAAUUCCUCAGCCAAAGGGUUAAGUUUUCAUGAGGCAUCAUAAUGUAUUCUUGCAAAUAGUGUUUGUCAAUUAAAAAUCAUUUUUUCAUGUUCAACAUUUGUAUAUCAAAAUUAGAUCUGCAGCUGUACAAUAUUUUCUCGCCCAUUUGUCUUGUAUUCAGAUUAAUUUUAUAUCGAGUCCUCUUUCAUUGUCAUCAAUUUUUCGAUGAAUCAUCCUGUAAGUUGUAUAUUUUUUUAAGCGUAAAUCAAUUAAAAAGUUUUAUUUCCA